AUGCAACGUUCUAUUUCCUCGUCCAAGAAUGUGUACCGCGGUCUCAUCCACUACCAGAAACAACCGGCUGCUGCCACCAUCUCCCGCCAGCAGCCACCUUGCGAUGUUUUCAUCAACCACCGUGGAAUCGACACAAAGAAGAACGUUGCCGGACUUUUGUAUGGUCAUCUCAAGAGGUUAAAGUUAAGGCCUUUUUUAGACAACAAGAAUAUGAAACCUGGGGAUAAAUUAUUCGAUAAAAUCGAUACUGCGAUCAAUGGCUGUAAAGUCGGGGUUGCAGUUUUUUCACCCCAGUAUUGUAAGUCGUAUUUUUGCUUACAUGAAUUGGCCCGUAUAAUGGAGGCCAGGAAAAAGGUUAUACCGGUUUUUUGUGACGUUAAACCAUCACAGCUUAUCGUUAAGGACCACUGGAGGUUGCCGAAACAUGAGUUAGAUAGGUUUCAAUCUGCGCUUGAUGAGGCUAAGUACACCGUUGGCCUGACUUUCGAUUCGUCAAACGGGAAUUGGCCAGAAUUUAUGAUGAGCGCCACCGAAGCCAUUAUCGAGAACUUGAUAGAGGUAGAAGAAGAAGAAGAGCAACAAAAGUUAAUCGUCCAAAUUAAUUGA